AACGAGGACAGGUUGACCUCACAUUUCAUCAGAUUAAACGGUACAAGAGCAUCAGCACCGGAUCACUCAGCAUCCCAGGCUUAAUUUUUUAAAGAUCUUCCAAGAAAUUACAUGUGAGUAAGGAUGGAGGACCAGAUUUCAAAUAUGAACAUGUUUUCAUCAGACACCUCAAAGGACUUCACACAACAGAGCGCAGAUGGAGCUCAAGCAGAAAAAACUCAGUGUAAAUCACUCGGUCAAACCCUGCUUUGUAAAGUGUGCUCUGACGCGAGCAGUGGCAAACACUAUGGCAUUUUUGCCUGUAAUGGCUGCAGUGGCUUCUUCAAGCGCAGUGUGCGGAGAAGACUCGUCUACAGGUGUCAGGCUGGAACAGGCAGGUGUCCUGUUGACAAAGCUCAUCGAAACCAGUGCCAAGCUUGUAGAUUAAAGAAGUGUCUCCAGGCUGGCAUGAACAAAGAUGCUGUGCAGAAUGAGCGACAGCCUCGAAGCACAGCUCACGUCAGUCCAGACUCUAUACAUGCCGACUCUAAAAAGGAGCACCUGGUCACCACACAGGAACUCACCCCCUCUGACACUUAUUCAUCAGUCAUCUGCAGACCUCUGAUCACUUCAUCUGCCCCUACUUCUGCAAAUGUGCAACCUUGCAGCAACCUGAGUAACAACCACCGCUUUAUGGUCAGCCUGCUGACUGCAGAGACCUGCGCGAAACUGGAGCCAGAGGACGUGGAGGAGAACAUCGAUGUGACAACAAAUUCAGAGAGGGAUCUCAGUCUCUUUGACUGCCGUUUGUCCCCAUAUACCUCCAACUGUUCAGAGAGUGUGUAUGAGACAUCGGCACGACUCCUCUUCAUGUCAGUCAAGUGGGCAAAAAAUUUGCCUCUUUUUGCUCACUUGCCAUUUCGUGAUCAGGUGAUUCUUCUUGAAGAAUCUUGGAGUGAAAUGUUCCUCCUGUGUGCCAUCCAGUGGUCUCUGCCCAUGGACAGCUGUCCUCUUUUGUCUCUGCCAGACCUAUCUACCCCACAGCAGACAAAAAGCAGCAUUCCUGCUGCUAACCUGCAGAUCUUAGAAGAAAUCUUUAUUCGUUUUAAGGCCCUGGCUGUUGACCCGACAGAAUUUGCCUGUCUGAAAGCCAUUGUGCUGUUUAAGCCAGAGGUACGCAGCCUUAAAGACCCAGAGCAGGUGGAGAAUCUGCAGGACCAGUCCCAGGUGCUACUGGGUCAGCACAUCCAUACAGUGUACCCCAACCAGGGUGCCAGGUUUGGGAGAUUGAUACUUCUGCUGCCUUCCCUCCGCUUUGUGAAUUCAGAGAAAAUAGCUCAGCUGUUCUUUCACAAGACUAUUGGCAGCACACCCAUGGAAAAGCUGCUGUGUGACAUGUUCAAAAACUAAACACGCAUGAAGGGAAGCUUCCUGCAAACAACAAGCUGUCUGGCUGUCCAAUUCAUGCACUCUGCUGAUGACUUCUUUCAAAAAGGCCUUUGUGAUUAAAAAUAUUUUCCCAUGUGAUUGUUGGCAAAGCACAAGUGUGAAUGGACCAGAGCCA